AUGGCAACCCUCUCUAAACGACUAUUUGAAAGCCUCGAAAAGCUGAAUGAAAUGGGCCAGCUGCUACUGGUUGCCAAUAACAUCAGUGGAAUUAGUGAAGGAGAAAGAAAUGCCUUUAAAGAACUUGCCAUCCAGAAACAUCCAGGAAUGCUUGCAGGCCUCGAAGUCUUUAAACUAGAUAGAAAUACUGAUCUCCUUGUCGACACCUGGAGACGCUUUAUUGGUGAAACGACACCUCAACGUCAAGCUACUCCUCCAGUCCAAUCCUCAACUAAAAAGCCAGAGGUCAAAGAAGAAGCCAAAACCCACUUGACAAAAGGUGAUUUAGCCCAAUUCUUUUCAGUCAAAAUGAAAAAUAAAAUCCCCGACCCUAACAGAGCUGCAGAUGCUGUAAUUGCUCUAUUUGGAACUCAAGGAGAAGUUGAAAAAGAAAAGCUUCUCAGCUGGAUGAACAAUGGUGGGCUCAAAAAAUUUAUCAAGUUUAAUAGUGAAUCAGCUGCUGGCAAAUUUAUAAAAAAUGCACUUCCUGGAUUAAAAAAAGCAAUGAGCCCUCUAUUUGAGCCUCCUAAACUUGCAGAGGACGAAAUCGUAAAACUUAGAGACAUCAUAGGUCUUGGAGGAGAAAAACCAAAAGUUUUGGUAAACGAAAUCAGAAAUAAAAUGGGCAAAAGACCAGGAAUUUCAUUAGAAGAAUUCACAGAAAUUAUAUUAGGGGUUGAGCAAACUCAAGAAGGCUGGGAGCAGAUGAGGAAAAAAAAUGCUAUAAAGAUGCUUUUUGAAAUUUUAGACGAAAAUAAAAACGGCCAACUAGAUAACGAUGAAAUUCUCAACUCAGUCAUCAUACUGUGUGGAGGGUCUCCUGAAGAUAAAAUUGAAGCUGUAUUUACUUUAUACGACGUAAAUGGAGAUGGUCUUAUUUCAUUUGAUGAAUUACUUGCACAUCAUACUGCAGCCUUUAAAAUAAUGUUCGCAGCUCGUCCUGAGCUAAGAUCACAAUGUGGGGAAACUCCUGAAACGCUUGCCCAGAUUACUGUUGAAAGUAUUUUCCAAGAAAUUGACGUGAAUAAUGAUAGGGUGAUUACUCUUCCUGAAUUUAAAGCUUGGUAUAACAAAGAAGCAAUAACUGAUGACCUGAAAAGUGAUAGAGAUGCGAAGAUUGAAGCUUUUACUAACAGAAAAGAGCAGCUGAUAAAUAGGCUGAGAGAAACCAAAAAACACUUAACAUCACCUGAAAAUAUCGACUUAGUGAUGGCACAAAAAGAAGCAACAGGACUUGGUGAAGUUAACGUUUAUGAUGCACUAAGGAUGUUUAAGGAACAAAACACAACCGGAUUUUUCUCAAGGCAGCAAUUUAAUGGAAUUCUAAAGGAUUUAGUCAAUAAGUAUUCAGGAAUCAAAGUAAACGAAGAAGCUUUCCAUGGAGUUGCAUCUCAGCUGUUUUUGAAAUUUGAUAAUGAUGGAAAUGGAGUUGUUAGCAUGGAAGAACUGUUUUGUGGGCUCUCAGUAUUGUGCGCAGGAAGCUUAGCUAGCAAGCUAAAAGCAGCAGUUGAAUGCUUUGAUCAGUCAGGAGAUGGAGAACUGCAAUUUUCAGAAGUUGUUAGAUAUUUUAAAUCAGUAUUUAAUAUGCUGAUUCCUGAUGAUAUUACUGAUAUCAAGCCUUCCAAAAUUGCUGCAGCCACUGCUAAGAACUUGUUCGCUACAGUGGGUGCCAACAUUGAAAGCGACGGAAUUAGUUAUGAGAUUAUCAAGAAUUGGGUAGAUUUGCAUCAACGAACAGCUCUUUAA